ACAUGUAACCAGUAGGCUACAUUCUCAAGAUAUCAGACAGUUUCGAUGUAUCUUAUCAGUUCUUGAUACAUUAUAUCGCUGGCAGUAGUGUGUUAUUAUUAGAUUGCCCUUUCUCUCUACAUAUUUUCCAUUGAAACAUGCUGCGUGUGAGAUCGGCAUUGUGUCAUUCUUGGAGGGGUUUCAGGACCUUCCCCUGUGCAGCUGUUGAGGUGAAGAAUGAGCCCAUCCUGGGAUUCAACGAGGGCAGUCCAGAGAGAGCCGAGCUGCAGAAGGCCCUGGAUGACCUGAAGGGGAAGACAGAGGAGAUUCCCUGUGUGGUUGGAGAUGAACAUGUGUGGACCAAAGACAUCAGAUACCAGCUAUCACCCUUCAACCACUCACACAAACUGGCCAAGUUUUGCUAUGCUGACAAGGACCUGCUCAACAAAGCUAUCUUAGCCUCUGUGGCGGCGAGGAGAGAAUGGGACCUGAAACCCAUCCAGGACCGAGCCCAGGUCCUCUUUAAGGCUGCUGACAUCAUCAGUGGACCUAAGAGAGCUGAGAUUCUGGCCAAGACCAUGAUAGGCCAGGGCAAAACAGUGGUGCAGGCAGAGAUUGAUGCGGCUGCAGAGCUAAUAGACUUCUUCCGUUUCAAUGCGAAGCACGCUGUUGAACUGGAGAGCCAGCAGCCCCUGGACAGUGAUGGUAGCACCAACACCAUGCUCUACCGUGGGCUGGAGGGUUUUGUAGCUGCUGUCGCCCCAUUUAACUUCACUGCAAUUGGUGGAAACCUAGCAGGUACACCUGCUCUCAUGGGUAAUGUAGUUCUGUGGAAGCCUAGCGACACAGCCAUGUCAGCUAGCUACGCCGUAUACAAUGUUCUGCGGGAGUCAGGGUUACCCCCCAACAUCAUCCAGUUUGUGCCAGCCGACGGACCAGUGUUUGGAGACACCAUCACUUCCUCUGAACAUCUGGCUGGCAUCAACUUUACCGGCAGUGUCCCUACCUUCAAGCGCCUGUGGAAACAAGUGGCCCAGAACCUGGAUAUCUACAAGAACUUCCCUCGGGUGGGAGGAGAAUGCGGCGGUAAGAACUUCCACUUUGUGCACAAGUCUGCGGAUGUGCGGAGUGUGGUGACUGGGACCAUCCGCUCUGCGUUUGAGUACGGAGGGCAGAAGUGCUCAGCCUGCUCCAGGAUGUAUGUACCAGACUCCCUGUGGCCCCAGAUCAAACAGGGGCUCCUGGACAUCCACAAGCAGCUCAAAGUUGGAGACCCUGUGGAGGACUGGAGUACAUUCUUCUCUGCUGUGAUUGAUGACAAGUCCUUUGCUCGUAUUAAGAAGUGGUUGGACCAUGCCAAGUCAUCCCCUAAGUUGAACAUAAUUGCUGGGGGCCACUGUGAUGACAAGAAGGGUUACUUUGUGGAGCCGACCAUCAUUGAGAGCACAGACCCACAGGAAGCCAUCAUGGCCGAGGAAAUCUUUGGCCCAGUUCUGUCUGUCUAUGUUUACCCUGAGAACAACUACAAGGAGGUUCUUAACCUUAUAGACAACACAUCACCAUACGCCCUGACAGGAGCGGUCUUCGCUCUUGACAAGAAUGUUGUAGAUGAGGCAGCUAAGGCCUUGAGGAACGCUGCAGGAAAUUACUACGUGAAUGACAAGUCCACCGGCUCGAUUGUCGCCCAGCAGCCAUUUGGUGGCGCCAGAGCUUCAGGUACCAAUGACAAACCUGGUGGUCCUCACUACGUCCUGCGAUGGACAUCCCCACAGGUGGUCAAGGCCACCCACGUCCCGCUCAAAGAAUGGAAGUACCCAUACAUGGGUUAAAAAGACAGUACUGUACCCCCUCCCCAACCAUGUGGCCCUCAUCCAAUCCUAGCUUUGUAGAGGAAUCUGUUGGCUUUUUCUCCUAUCCCUCUCUCCAGUCAAGACUUACAAUGAAAUGAAGAGGGGAACCCCUCUC